AUUACAGCUGCGGCACUUUCAAAAGUUAUUUUAUUUUCUGGAAGCACUUUAGUCGGUUGCUCGAAUAACUGACCACACAUACGAUUAUGACAGAGGAAAGAGGUGUUGUUUCCGUGGAUUUAAGCAUUGAAUUCAGUGAAUUAGUUCGAUAUCGAAGCCUAAAGAGUUGGCAGGAGUGUGAAGAGUGUAUCCGGCGCUUCGAAGAGGUGACUCGCUUAUACAAUUCCACAAAUUACUUGACUGUUUUCUACAGAAGACUGGUAGCUCUUACGAAAUAUGCGAUAGCCGGGUUUAUCGUAAUGAAAACAACAUGGUAGAUCCAGCAUAUAAAUACUUAUAUGUUGUAUUUUGCUGUCACGGUGAUCGCAGAAAAAAAUGGGAAAGCAGGCAAAGAGAAAAAUCACAGUGAGUAAUGUAAGACGUGCAGACUUCAUAUUUUAGGUCGAAGUGCAUGGAGUGUCUAUCCACCUUCAGAAUUCAGCUUGAAUUUGGGCAGUAUAAAGUAGUGGAGCCCAUCAACACUGUACAUAACCAUGCGUUGACGAGGGAGCUAAUAAUGUCUGUGGAGCCAGAAAUUCCAAAACUCAGUAGUAAACAGCAAUUACAAGUGCUCCCGUCCAUUGAACGAAGUGAACCUCGAGCACAAAAGGUCAACAUGGUUGACGUCGAAUUCGGGAACCAUAUGACGGAUGAUGAAUAUCGGCAUUUUCACGAAAUUGUCUACCCCAGUAAGUCAUUUAAUUGCUUUAAUAGUCUGUAUAGGAAUGUGUAGUAUGGAUACGCUCAUAAGCGAAAUUCGUGAGACAGGCUCAGUAUGGUACAAGAUGGAUAACCAGCGAAAUAUCGAGAAGUUUAGUUUCGCAACCAAGGAAAUGAUAACUUUGUAUAAAAAAUUUCCUGAAGUUGUUGGUAUGAACUCAACGUACAUUACGAAUAGAGAAGGUUAUCUUCUAUACCAACUGGUUAUUACUGAUGGGCUGAAUAGAAGUUGUACUGUAAUGUACAGUAUAACUCAUUGUGAUCGACUGAUUGAUGUUGAGGAAGUCUUACAAUCCUUCAAGCAUAUUAUGGGUGAUACAUCACAGACUGUUACAUUUGUCAUUGACGAAAUUUCUACAGGGCUAUGCGCCAUUCGUAGUCAGUUCCCUGCCUGCUCUAUUGUAUUAUGUGCAUACAGUAUCAUCAGGACCUUCAAUAAUAAAUUCCCUGAUGCUGAAUGCAGAAGUAAAUUUAAAGAAAUGGUGUACACUCGUAAGAGGGACAGAUUUUAUGUACUGAAAGUAUUGAUGAGUACAGAGCAUCCUGCGGCGAUAUCCUACAUCAAUACAAAUUUAUGGAGUUGUCGCCAUUUGUGGGCGUCCUGUUUUAAUGCACAUAUCGUUACCCUUGGCAAUAAAACUAAUAACAGAUUUGAGUGCUGUCAUGGGCACCUCAGGAAAAAUCUAAGUAACAAGCCUAAACCACUGGAAUUGACCAUUCGUGAAAUUUGGGAGUGUUCAAUUGAGUCAUCAAGACGAAAGGCUGUUGAAGGGAAUCGCAAUCUUCGUUACUUUAUAAAAUUUGACGUGGAUGAAGGUCUGUCUAGCAUACUUAGGCGUUUAACCUGCUACGCUGCCUAUUCGCUUUACAAAAGUAUCAAGAAGCAUACUGAUAUGCAGGUGACCGGAUCCACAGAAGUAACUGUAGUAUUUAAAGACGGUGGUAGACAAUUCUUUGUAGACAAGCAUGAUUGCAAGUGCUCGUGUUUCCAAAACACAAAUAUGCUGCUACCAUGCCGUCACUUAGUUUAUACUUUCCUUCAUAUAUAUCCAAGACUAGAUUUAUUUAGACAUAGCACCAGGUGGUUAAGAGACUAUAACUACACUGUCAUCGAAUCUCAGCCAACAGCAAAUGAAGACACAGACUUGGAAAACCUUAUACAGGGGAUAUCAUAUAAAGUGCGGAACCUUGGACAGACUCAUCCGGGAAAAUAUAGGGAUAUGUUCCUUGAGAUAUACUCUUAUCUACGCGAAGUAUGCAUGCAGCCAGAUAAACAUUCAUCUACAUCACCAUCGGACCGAUGAACUUGUAUCCUUACUUCCUUUACCUUUGUAUAUUUUUUUAUUUCUUGGUGCCUUUCCUUGUCUGCUUAUAAUUACGG